GGAGAGCGAACGGGCUGCCGGCCUAGCGGUGACGUCCGCGGUGCGCAGGCGCCCACCCACCCCCCGGUAACGCGCACUGUCUGGCGUGUGCGCGCUGGUCACGUGAGGGCGGCGGCGGCGCCGGGUUCUUCGCGGGCUGCGAUAAAGAUGUCAGGCUGUCAAGUUCCUCGUAAUUUUUGUUUGCUGGAAGAGCUUGAAGAAGGCCAGAAAGGAGUAGGUGAUGGUACAGUGAGCUGGGGCCUUGAAGAUGAUGAAGAUAUGACACUCACACGAUGGACAGGAAUGAUUAUUGGACCACCCAGGACUUGCUUUGAAAACAGAAUAUACAGCCUGAAAAUAGAGUGUGGAAGUAAAUAUCCAGAGGUAGCUCCAACAGUUAGAUUUGUAACAAAAAUAAAUAUGAAUGGAAUCAAUAAUUCCAAUGGAAUGGUGGAUUCACGUAGUAUACCAGUUCUAUCAAAAUGGCAAAAUUCCUAUAGUAUUAAGGCUGUACUUCAAGACCUACGACGGAUGAUGACAUGCAAAGAGAAUGUGAAGAUUUCACAGCCCCCUGAAGGGCAAACUUACAGCAAUUAACUUUAAUUGAUCCAAAAUCACUCUCUUAAACCUCACUUCUUGCUAUAAAUUUUCCACAAUAAUAAGCAUCCACAAAAAUAGGCCUAGGUAUCUGUAAAGUUUAAUGUUUACCCACACCAUGAUGUUCUCAAGCAAGGAUAAAUUCAGAAGUGGACAGAGUAGCUUUAUUACUCUAAUCAAGUCAAUGAUACUGGUGAAACAAAAGCAUUUUGAUGGGGCAGAGGUAAAAAUGAUUGAAACCAAGUUAUUUAUUGCUUGAUCAUAGAUGUUAUGCAAGGUAAUUGGUUAAUAAAGGCAGUAGUUGGUGUAUAUAAUAGCAUGUUGAACUUCUUGAUGAAAGAGAGCUGUAUUACAAUUUAGGUUGUGUAUGUAAUGCAAACAAAGCUCAAGAAUUGUUGAAAGUUUUUGCUUAUUAUUUUGCUGCUGUUUAAUUGUAAUGUCAGUGUUGAGGAUUGUUUUAAUAUUUGUAUUUAUGGAAAUUACUUUCUGUAAGCAGCUCAGUGUAUUAAGUAUAUUGCAUUUGUUUACAGUAUGGUUCUGCCAAUACAUGCAUUUGCAAUUGCAAGAAGAGUAUCAGUGUAUAGUUAGGACUCGCUAAGAUUAAAUUUAGUAUUGAAGAUGUGAAUAAGAUGCAGUGAGAUUUUGUUUUCUUCUGUAAACUGGGUAAUUGUUUGACCAAAUGUUAGUUUCAGAACAUUUUAUGGGUGUAAUUUUUGGGGUUGGGAGAGAAUAAGAUUCAUCAACAUUUUAAAAAAAAAACUUGUUCCCUAAGGGACAAAUUAUAUGACUAUCUAAAAUACUAGGCUGAGUUCUCCUUGAAUCCUGUAGCAAAAGUAAUACAUUUUAUGGACUAAAAGCUGCUAAUGAACCUGUCAAAAGAAAAUUGGAUAAUAUUGUCUGAAGUAUACUUUCUUGUGAGGUGUUCCAUUGAAAUUUAUGACAAAACUUAAAGUGGCUAUUCAUUUAAUAAAUAGUAAAAAAGUGUGCUAACCAU